AUGGCUAAAACCAAAUCUUCAAAAUCCAAAACCUCUACUUUCUUUCUAUGUUGCUUUCGAUCAACUGAAUCUUCAACCGUUGAAGAGUUGAAUCCAAUUCCAAAGAAGAGAACUAGUUGGUUUUCAUGGAGAUGGAUUCGAAUCAAAACAAAGUCAACAUCCAAAACAGUCCCACUUGAAGCCUCGUUCACAAAUGUUAAGACCUUUUCAAAGUUUCGGUCAAAGUCAUCAACUCUUCAUCAUAAAUCUAAAACUCCACCCACCAAUUCUCCACUGUUAGCUCAACCGUCUACGGUGCUCCCUGCCACACCCUAUCAUUCACCCACACAAACAAGGCAUGGUCCAACAAAUAACAACGCUAUUACAGAAGACACGCGGGAACAAGGUAGAGCAACAACUCCAACACGACCAAAACGACAAGAACGGAGGCUGUCGUUGGCAACGCAAAACCAAACGACAAGAAAGAACCGCCAAAACGCAAGGGGUUGGUAUGAUCCUAUAGUUGGAAUGUCCGUACUCGUUGUGACAUUAGUUAUAAUGAUAUUUUGGGGUCGUUUUUGUGCCAUUCUUUGUACUUCUGCGUGGUUAUAUUUUAUACCGCGUUUUAGAAAGAGCGGUGUUGUAAAUACAAACGACGAGGAAGAAGCGAAAAUGAAGUUGAGAAACGAUGUGGAUUUGGAUUCCGAGGAGUAUAAGAAAAGAGUGAUCAUGGAAGGACUUCUUGGGAGAAAUAAUAGAAGUAAUAUUUGA